UAACAUUGCAGCGGCAGCACGUGUUAAAUUUGUUUACAAUUUUGUUAAAUUAAAAAAUAGAAAAAAACAUAAAAAAUAAGAUGUAUUUAGACAGCAAUAAUGCUGAAGAUGAUAUCUUUGAAGAAGUCACCACAACAGACUUCAGUGAUCAAAAUAAAUCAUGUGAAAGUGUUAAACGUCGUACUGUAGUGGGUCCCUGGAAAAAUGUAUCAGAAUUUAAUAAAGUAUAUGACUGGCUAUUUGGUUCAGAAUAUUCUCGAGAAUCACGUGAAAAAGCUUUGAGUCAAAUACGCGUAUGGAAUUUGAGACGUAGUACUUUAUGUCCAGCUGCUGUAUUAGCUACCAGUGUCAUUAUAGAGGUUCAGCUUAAAGAUAUUGCUGACAAUAAAUUCACUAACGAGGAGUUACAAACUUUAUACGCUAAUGCUUUUACCAGAUUCUUCAAUUUCAUGUCCUCUAUAAUGCAGUCACACAAUAUGCGCACCAUGUAUCAAACGGCCAAAGAAUUGGGAUUAGAAUCAUUUGUAGUAGAUUUAAGACAUAUUUGUGCUCAUGGGCAAGUAUUGCCUCCUCUACAGGUGCUGCGUAAUACUGCGGAAUAUUGUAUCUCCUGGUUGCACGACUACUAUUGGUCGGCACAACGCAACACCAUGUGUGACACUGAUGCAGCCCAUAUAAGACGCAAAGAUAAAACCCAAUUUGAUAUUAAUAUCUCUGAAUUAUUUCAAAUCUAUGAUGCCGCUUUAGAAGGUCAUUUAAAAGGGGCAACAAAUCUAAAAACUCUUAAACGUCAUCUACACGGCAAACGUUUCAAUUCCCUGAAAGAAUUUUACACUGAAAAUAAAUUAAAUUCCUUACAAGAUGCAUUUGAUGUUAUUGUUCAACAACUUUGUGUUCUAGUCAAACGUGAUUUGGCUAUAAAAGACAUGUCGGAAAUUUAUGUGGAAGCUUUUUUAAAAAUGAGCUAUUUCUUUAAAUUACACGAAACUCAUACAUCCGAUGAAGACUUUAUAUCAUUAAUAAAUGUCACUCAGUCGCUGUUUCGUAUGUUGGCCGUUUAUGGUUUUGUGGAGGAACUAUUUUUAUCACUAAUUGAAAUCACUGAAAAUUCUAUAGCUGAUUCAAGUAUGCGAGCUGGUGCCAGUUAUUGGGCUGUUCAAAUUGCGAAAGGUUUUCAUGCUUUUCGUCAGUGCAAGAAAAUGUACAAAGCGGAAUUGGAUGCGAACAGCACUAUAAAAGAAGCACCUCAUAGCAACAACGAUUUAACACAAAUUUCAGAAGGUACCAGAGAAUUACUCAUCUACAGUGGUGUCGACAUGAAAAGAACCAUAAUAUUUGGUGAUCAUUUUCGUCGUCCCUGGGUCUGGGUAUUUGAACGUAACUUUAUAGAAGAUCGUUUAGAAGCUGUAAAUGAAUACACAGCACCCAUAUUAAAAAGUUUAUUACCACUAAUAGAACCAGAAUUAAAUAAAACGGAAAUCAAUACAUUUUCCACACUCAUCGAUUGUCUAUUUGAGACAAAUGCCGAAAUGGAAGUCAACGAGAAAUCAACUAAAGAUUCUAAUAAAAUUUUUACUGUUUCAGAUCUAUUACAGAAAUUAAAUAAUAAAGAUAAUGAUAUAGAAAUGGAAGUGGAUGAGGAAAAUGAAAUUGUAACAGGAGAUAAGAUUGAUGAUGGUGCUGAAGUUAAAUAUGGAAUAUGGACUUUAAUGCCAGAUGACGAAACUCAUGAUUGGAAAUCCUGUCCUUUGGGUCGCUUACCUUGGGAGUAGAUACUUUAAUACUUCUUAGUUUGUAAAUAAAGACUGUUUUCACAAAAAAUAAAUUUGUUACCAUAUAGAGACCAUAAAA